AAUGAAAUAAAGUUUACACACUUGUUAAUAGAAGAAGAUUGACUUGACAGAUUAAAAAUGAUUUUUGUGUAUUUACGAAUAUAUAUGCUAACAAGCUGGAUAACCACUGAUUAAUAAUGGAAGUUCCUGGUAAAAGGCCUCUCAUAAACUCUUAUCUACACUAUCUCAAUGUGGUGAUGAAGAUUUUGACAUUUAUUGUGAAAUAUGUGACAGAGCUGAUAUCAGGCUUCCUGCCCUUGGUUACUGUGUGGAUUGUGAGGAACACUUAUGCCAAUCUUGCUUCAAUAUUCAUAAACGACCAAAACCACUACGCCAUCACCAACUUUUAGAUAAAGAUCACAUGCCACAAAAACAAAAAGUUCAUGGAUCAUCGAAAUCUACUUCCAGUCCACAGACUGGUGAUUGUAUAAAGCCUUGUAGUAAACACAACGAAGAAGUGAUCAAAUUCUACUGUCAUGACCACAAUGUACUUAUAUGUAGUGUUUGUGUGACCCUUGAACAUACACCAACAUCAUGUCAUGUAAACUACAUACCUGAUAUAUCAGGACAGAUUUUAGACAGGACCGAAUUUAAGGAAACUCUGAAAGAUAUUGAAAAAUUGACAAACAAAUGCUCCCAGAUAACAUGUGACCUAAAACAAAGAGUUUCUAAACAAUUUCAACAAUUUCUCUCAAAUAUGCUGAGGCAGAAAUUGACAGGUUUAGAAAGGAGAUAAACAAGAGAUUAGAUGAACUAGAAAAGAAAGUUAAAGAUACUGCUACAACAAUCCAACAAAACAACAACAAAACGUUGAACACAGCAGAAACAACAUGUGAUGACAUCAACAAAUCACUUCAGGCUUCAGCUGAUACUCUAAAGCAUCUCAAUUCAAACAAGAAAACUGACCAACUGUUUACUGAACUGAAGAUAGCUCAGGAACUGAUUCAAGAUAUUAACAAUUUAUUAUCACAACUACCAACAAUCAAUGACAUUGAUGAUUACAUAUUUGAACCAAAUCAAGACAUCAAAAAAUUCUUUCAGGAUGAGAAAACAUUAGGAACAUUGAGUAGUAAAAAGCUAAAGCAUCCAGCUGAACCAAAGAAUCGCGGUGCAGAAGCAAUGAAAAUGUCUACCCCUAGACACAUUUAUGCUAAAACAUCCUCAGAUAAAAAUGAUUGCUGGAUUACUGGUAUAGCUGUUUCUCCUCAAAAUCAAAUAUUUGCAACAGAUUGCAAUAAUUACUCGUUAAAAAUGAUAGACAUUAUAAAUGGAGAUAUCAAACAGUUACAACUUAGAUCAGGACCUACUGGUGUCACCUUUGUCACAAGCGAUGUACUUGCUGUGACAAUGGCAUUUAGUAAAACAAUACAGUUCAUUUCCUUCUCCCAAGACUCAUUCUCACUGAAGAACAGUCUGAAGGCAGAUGGAGAGUGUUAUGGUAUCACUCAUCAUCAGGGAAAACUUGCAAUCACAUUUAUAAAUCCUGGUAAACUCCAAAUUAUGGACUUGAAAGGUAAUGUUGAAAUAACAGUUGAUAAAGAUUCCAAUGGUGACAAUGUAUUCAAUACCCCUAUGUUUGCCACAACAAACAGUCAUUCAAUCUAUGUAUCUGACCCUGGCAAUGAUGUAGUUCUACGAUUUAACUGGCAGGGAGAGAUGAUAGGAUUAGUACUUAUUACAGAACCAAUGGGUAUAACACUCUUAUAUGAUGGGAGUGUUUUAGUGAAUGAUGGGCAUAGUCACUGUAUACAUAAAGUAGGUGGUGACUGUAAACACAGUCAAACUGUACUUGAGGAUGUAUAUCGUCCUUUUUCUGUAUGCUGGUUUGCAGAAACCAGUACACUUUGUGUUAGUAGAUUUAAGCAGGACAGUGGUGGCAAUUAUAUCAGAUUAUAUAAAAUGAAGUUUUAAAGACAUUACAAGAUAUGACAUGACCCUUACAGUGGGAUGUGUACAACAGAUCGUCACCAUUCAUUAUUCAAUAUUUAAUUAUAGUAAUUAUUGUUACAUUAUGAUAUAACAUAUAACUUUUGAUUUUGAUCUAUUGAUGUACAGAUGUAUUAUCUUUUUACAAAAUAAAAAAAGAUGUUUAUUAAUAUUAUAUAAAAUUUAUAACACAAUACAAAUAAAGUGUUCAAAAUACAGAACACUGAAAAUGUAGACAUAGCAUAUCAGUUCUGCAUACUUUGAGACAAAACGAUUUUUUUUUCUAUCAUUUAACAAAAAAUCUAAAGGUGAAGAUAUCCUUC